AUGGCGGCCCUCGGCGAGGACCUUCUCAACGUCGUCAACAAGCUGCAGGAUCUGGUCUUUAACACCAUCGGAAACGACUCCUUGGACCUCCCCCAAAUUGUCGUCGUCGGCUCGCAAUCCUCUGGUAAAUCUUCAGUCCUUGAGAACAUCGUCGGCCGAGACUUUCUCCCUCGAGGCAGCGGCAUCGUAACUAGGAGACCACUCAUUCUCCAGCUCAUCAAUCUCCCCUCCGACCGAAACGACAAGCCCACCGACGAUGAAGUCCAUGUACCGCACACGCCUGCUUCAGUAGCAGGGCAAGAUGAGUGGGGAGAGUUCAACCACAUGCCAGGGCGCAGAUUUUACGACUUCCAAGAGGUGAAGCGCGAGAUUGAGGCAGAGACCAACAGAAUAGCUGGCGCCAACAAGGGCAUCAACCGACAACCCAUUAACCUCAAGAUCUACUCGCCCCACGUCCUCAGCCUUACGCUGGUGGAUUUGCCAGGUCUGACUAAGGUACCAAUCGGCGACCAGCCCACAGAUAUCGAGAAACAGACUCGCAACCUCAUCACAGAGUACAUUGCGAAGCCGAACAGUAUUAUCCUUGCUGUGUCUCCGGCGAACGUAGACAUCGUCAACUCAGAAGCGCUCAAGCUUGCUCGACAUGUCGACCCUGUUGGCAAGCGUACCAUUGGCGUACUCACCAAGCUGGAUUUGAUGGAUCACGGCACCAACGCUCUGGACAUUCUAUCAGGACGAGUGUAUCCAUUGAAGCUUGGUUUCAUCGGCGUUGUGAACAGGUCGCAACAAGACAUUCAGGGGAACAAGAGCAUGUCUGAUGCGCUUGCUGCUGAGCGUGAAUUCUUCCGUACCCACCCCGCCUACCGAAAUAUUGCACCGAGAUGUGGCACACAGUACCUGGCAAAGACACUCAACACGACUCUGAUGCAGCACAUUCGAGAACGGUUACCGGAUAUCAAAGCCCGUUUGAACACUCUUAUGGGACAAACACAACAAGAGCUUGCGUCUUACGGCACCGACACCUUUACUGGCAAGGAGCAUCGGGGCUCACUCAUUCUUCAACUGAUGACACGUUUCGCCACCUCCUUCAUCUCUUCGAUUGAUGGUACCUCGUCCGAGAUCAGCACCAAAGAACUUUGCGGUGGUGCUCGCAUCUAUUACAUCUUCAACUCUGUCUUUGGAAACAGCCUAGAGACCAUAGAUCCUACACACAACUUGUCAUCUCUCGACAUUCGCACAGCCAUCCGAAACUCGACUGGACCAAGGCCUUCUCUAUUCGUGCCAGAGCUUGCCUUUGAUCUCUUGGUCAAGCCACAGAUCAAGCUGCUGGAAAUACCCAGCCAGCGGUGUGUCGAGCUUGUGUACGAGGAGCUCAUCAAGAUCUGCCACACAUGCGGCUCAAAUGAGCUUUCGAGAUAUCCACGGAUGCAGGGCAGACUCAUCGAGGUCGUCUCAGAUCUGCUACGUGAACGGCUUGGACCCAGUUCGUCGUACGUCGAGAGCCUGAUUUCGAUACAGCGAGCAUACAUCAAUACGAACCAUCCCAACUUCCUCGGCGCUGCCGCUGCAAUGAGUAGCGUCAUGCAGGAUAAGCACGAGAGAGAGAAGAAGGCCGCUGCUGCUGAGGAAAAGCGGAAGAGGGACGCCAGGAGGAAGAAGGAAUUGGAGGGUGUCAACGGGACCCACACUCCAGAAGACGAUGAAGAAGAGCUACCAUCUGUGUUACCGAUUCGGAACGCGCCAAAGACUAAAGAGAGCAGAAGCAUGAGCCCUGCAAUUGGCAGAGACGGUCACAGAAUUGGUCAUCCCGCCAAUGGAGGUCCUGGAGGAAAGGAUUCUUUCCUCAACUACUUCUUCGGCAAAGAGAGCGGUGCGAGCGCUGGCGCUCUGCCUGGGCAAAACACGGCAAGCUCACUACCAGGCACGAACUUUGGCAACCGACACGUCAGCCAGAACACUGAGCCCAGCAUAAGUGCUAGUUUCAGGCGAGGGGACACACGGCCGCCUCCAGUACAGGAGCUCGCUGUGGACGAUUUCGAACAAGAGGAUAAUGGCUUGGAUGAUCCUGCCGGACCUGCACUGACCGAGCGCGAAUCUCUCGAGACAGAACUUAUCCGCCGCCUCAUCAGCAACUACUUCAACAUUGUACGAGAGACAAUCGCCGAUCAAGUACCCAAGGCCGUAAUGCACCUGCUCGUCAACCAUUCAAAGGACGCAGUACAAAACCGACUGGUGUCUGAACUCUACCGCGAGAGCCUUUUCGAAGAACUUCUCUACGAAGACGAUGGUGUACGGGAAGAACGCGAGAAAUGCGAGAAGCUGCUCGCCACCUACAAGGAGGCCAGCAAGAUCAUCGGCGAGGUGUUAUGA